AUGCCCGAUGCUGUGCUCAACAGCGGCACUCCAGAGGGGACGGCCUCGACACUGACGCUUACCGAAGAUGCAUGGGAUUUGCUGGGUCUGGGCGCGUCCGAUGCCAUGAACGACCGAGACAUGCACAUCAAGAACGGUCAGGUGUGCCUUUUGACAGGUGGAGAUUACAUGAAUGCAAAGAGGAGGUAUGCUUUGGACAACCGCGAAGCACAAAGGGCACAGUGGCGACAGCAAGCAGAGCAGCGAUUGGCCAAGGCCGAUGCGCGACGUGGUGGCCUGGACAAGGCUGCCGCCGAGGGCGGCGUGAUGAAAACCGCGAAGUUCACCUGGAGCAAAGACGGGGCGAAGUCCUUUGAGUGGCGGAAGAUCUACCACGCCUUGGUGGGCAAUGUGGGCCCGGGGGAAGGUGGCCUUCUCGCAGAGGCGCUGAUCACACCGACCUCCAUGCGGAUGUACACUGACCACCGCGUCAUGGGCCAGGUGGUCUUGCCAGGAGUCUCGCACGUGUCUCUCAUGGCCGCAACAGCAUCUCAGGGAUUCCCAAACCCCGGUGGCGGAUUGGGUGAUUGGCACAUCAGCGUCAAAGAGGUUCUCUUCGAGCGGCCGUACAUCGUCCACUCCGGUGCUGAGCUCAUCGCAGCCAUCGCCAAUGGUGUGGAUCCCUCGACCGUUCAGGCCAUGGCUGGUGGACUUCCAAUCCCGAUGACACCUGUGGGUGUGCCAACCACAUACUGUCGUGCGACGAAUGUGACAAAGGAGCGUGGCAUUGUCAAGUCUACGCUGGACUGGGCCAAGUAG